UACACUUGGCAUACCUGUGAGGUUGCUGAACUCUCAUUCGGGAAGUCUGCCAUCAGUUCAGUUGAGCUCGCUUGUUAGACGUCAAGUUCCCUUUUACCUCGCGGUGUCUCUUGCGUUGAGGACCAAUCGUUCCGUCGUCUACGCUAGGCAGGAAGAAUUUUCCGGGGAAAAUCUGUGCGACGAUUCUAGUGUUCUCUCUUUUCAGACCAACACUCUGCAGCUGUCCUAAGAAAACUCAAUCCGCUCCUCACGCAAUAUAUUUCUUCUACGCGCUAGAUCACGACUGUCGUGUGAGAUUCAAGCAGGCUCCCAACAUGUGGCGGUCAGCGUUUCUCAGAGUAACGCGCUCUUAGCUACUGGUCUUUUCUUUCGGAUCGCUUCGUACUUCGGGUCACUUUCCCGUUGGCGUUAACUGCGCCUAUCCGCUACAGCUGUGCGCCACAGCCGUGUGCUUCAGCACUCGACUACGUUUGCCGGAUACGGCUGAACGCAAGUCCCCGAGCAAGUCCCCGACAAUGGCGGCGCUUCUUCACGCCGUCAAGUCGCAGGGUCUGGCCACGCGAAUGAUAAUUUUCGCCAGCCCUGUCGCAAUCGUCCUCCUCAUUUUCCUCGCCUAUCUCGCAGCGUCGCCCACCACCAAUCCCGCGGAGCUUGCUAUCGGCGACGCGGACCUGCUGACGUCAAUCGUCGGCGGAAAAGCCACGACUCGCGUAAUCAUCGAAUCCGACGGCUUGGAUGAGCCGGAGGGUCUGCGCGUCGAAGUGCAGCCUAUCAGCGUCCUUAAACUGCGCGGACCGAGCGCAGACGCGGAUUCCGGGAGCCCGUCCACCAGCAGAGGCAAGAGAAGCGACGGAAGCCGGCAGGGAGAGAUUAGCAGAGCUGUUGGCGGUGGCGAGAGCAGCCGCAGCAAGGCUGGCUGGAGCAGCAGCUUAGGUGGUGGCUCCGAGAGCAUCAGCGCGAUCCUUCGCCCGCAGAUUAAGAAGGCUGCGGCUGAAUCCAAGCAGCUGUCGCGACAAGUCUCUGGGGAAGGAAGUGCGCUGAGAUUAAGCGGCGGGAAAAUCACCGCGGAAUCUGCGGAAGGCGCAAGGGGGGAGGGCCAGACGGCGGAAAGCGAGGGGCAAACAGCGGCAAGCGGGAAGGGUGACGGGGAAAAUGCCGAGGCGGAUGCGGAAGAGGAGGCGGAAGAGGAGGCGGAGGAGGUGGACGAUGAUCAGAGGGGCCUGCCGGCGGAGGUGCUGGCGAAAGAGCGCAAGCUCGCGCGUUCGCGAAAGUCCUCAUCUCGCUCCUCGCGAAAGGUAGCGAAGGUCACUGCUGGUAACGAGGAAGACGAAAUCGGCGAAGAUGAUGACGAGGAGGAGAAGGAGGAAGCGGACAUGUCGCAGGGCGACAGCGAAAAGGGAUCUGAAUCUACCAGCGCGAACAAAGCUAGCGAAGAGGAGGACGUGUUUCGCGAAUUGAAGCUUUCGCCGGAAGACGAGGCGAUGUUUCGCGAGCUUCGCAGAACGAGGGCGGAGCGCGAGAAGGCGGCGAGUCGCGUGAAGCACAAGUACCGCAAAGUGGCGUUCAUGUUCCUCACCAAGGGGCCCAUUCCGCACGCCAAGCUGUGGGAGAGAUACUUCAAGGGUCACGAGGGUAGCUACUCCAUCUACGUGCACACGACGCCGGGCUACGUGUUCCCAAAGAACGCCUCCGCGCUCUUCCGCAACAAUACCAUCCGCAGCGAAGCGGUGUCGUGGGGAUCGCCCACGAUGAUUGACGCGGAACGGCGGCUGAUUGCCGCGGCGCUCAAGGACCCAGCCAAUCACAAUUUUGUGCUGAUUUCCGAAUCGUGCAUCCCCGUUAAGAGCUUCAGAUUCGCCUGGAGAUACCUUCUUGGAACAGAUUACAGCUUCGUUUCAAGCUUCACUACAAACACGUAUGUGUGUACAGGAAGACAUGAUGAACGCAUGGCUCCAUUGAUUCCUCUCGAGAAGUGGAGAAAAGCGUCUCAGUGGUUUUCAGUUACACGCAAGCAUGCCAGCAUGAUCAUUGACGACGUUGACGUGCAUAAGCUCUUUCAAAUCUACUGCCGGGGCGACAUCCAACAUCAUGAGUGCUAUUCAGACGAGCAUUACAUCCCAACUCUAUUGAACCUGAAGGAUCCUGAGCAUAUGGCCAAUCGCACCAUCACUUACGUGGACUUCCCACUCAACUCACCCCAUCCCCGCACCUUCGAUCCCUUCCUCACUCGACCCAGCCUAAUCCGCUAUAUCACUAAGCCGCGCAUGUACAUGCAUCGGAACGUUGUGGAACCUGAUGAUGAAACCCCACAAAGCUCCUACACCCUCCCGUGCUCCAAGGAUGGGGAGAAUCGCACGUGCUUCCUGUUUGCAAGAAAGUUCGACCCCUCUGCCCUGCCACAGCUGCUGGACUUGCCUACUAAGAUUCUUGGCUACUAGUUAAGUGCCAAAUCCACCGCAGGGAGCCUCUGCUCAGAUACAUUCCUGCCCCAAGGUUGCAGGGUGUGCCAUGUACCGUAGCUCUUGGUAAUAACACGGCAUGUGUGGGUUGAAUAGGGAUUCGGGAAGUUACAUCUAAAGCCAAAGGUUGCAGUGUGACAUUUUUAUUUUUAGAUGACAGCUGGUCAUCAAACUUGCGAUACAUCGCAUGGUAUAGUUUUAUGGUUUAUAGUCCUUGUUAUUGCAGUCUGAUUGAAUUGGAAAUGUUCGAGCUUGA